GGCUUCGCUGCUUGUGUUGCGGAUAACGGAGCUGGGUGUUCCCGUGACGCGUCCUCCUCCGGGCCUUGGCUUUCCAAGCGCAGCUUCAGGUUCCAGCGACGUCUUGAAAUGCUAUCUGGCUCCCCAGCCAACCUGCAAAUUAACUGCUUCUCUUCGUUACAGACAAACCUCCCCAUCUUCAAACUGAAGGAGUCGUGUGUGAGGAGAAGAUACAGUGACUUCGAAUGGCUGAAGAAUGAGCUGGAGCGAGACAGUAAGAUUGUAGUGCCACCGCUGCCUGGAAAAGCUUUGAAACGACAGCUUCCCUUCCGAGGAGACGAAGGCAUCUUUGAGGAGUCCUUCAUCGAAGAGCGGAGACAGGGACUAGAACAGUUUAUUAACAAAAUUGCUGGACACCCCCUGGCACAGAACGAGCGCUGCUUACACAUGUUCCUGCAAGAGGAGACUAUCGAUAGGAAUUAUGUCCCAGGAAAAGUGCGCCAGUAGGAGCACCUGGCACUGUCUUCCUUCAUUCCACCCUCCCUCCUGCAAAAAUGACAUUUAUUUUUACACUAAAUCUGUCUCUUCUGAACCA